AUAUGAGCGAAGGUCAGCACGGUGAGCAGCAACAUGCUAGUCCAAGCUCGACAUUCACUGGACUGACUGGAGGUGGCUCUAGUCAAAUCAAGAGCGAGACAUACCAGCCGACAAAUCGACUGGUCAGCGUCAGUGAUUGCGAAGCCGGAGCCGGAGCCAGUGAUUGUUACAAUUGUAGUGUCCAACAGCAACAAUUAUUUGACGAAGACGCGGAAGACGACAUGGAAGCCACGGAACGUGAGUUAGCUGAAGAUGCACAAUGGAAACGUAUCCAACAAAACACGUUCACACGUUGGGUUAACGAACAUUUAAAAACAGUUGCGAAAAAUAUUGGAAGUUUAGAAACAGAUUUAAGUGAUGGUUUGAGACUGAUUACAUUAAUUGAAGUGUUAUCCGGUAAACGUUUACCAAAACACAACAAACGACCCAAUUUUCGAUCGCAAAAAUUGGAAAAUGUGUCGGUUGCGCUUAAUUAUUUACAAGCAGAUGAAGGAAUUCGAAUUGUAAACAUUGAUUCAUCGGAUAUAGUUGACUGUAAAAUCAAAUUGAUAUUAGGUCUAAUAUGGACGCUAAUUUUACAUUAUUCCAUUUCGAAGCCAACGUGGGACGGUGAAGACGAUUUACAACAAAACGACCAUGUUGCGACACCAAAACAAAGAUUAAUGCAUUGGAUUCAAAGUAAGUUACCAGAUUUACCAGUACAUAAUUUUACAAAUGAUUGGUCGAGUGGUAAAGCUGUUGGUGCCUUAGUCGAUGCAGUAGCUCCUGGUCUAUGCCCAGAUUGGGAUGAAUGGAACCCAAACGAACCAGUUAAGAAUGCAUCAGAAGCAAUGGGCUUAGCUGAAGAUUGGUUAAAUGUGCCACAAUUAAUAACACCAGAAGAAAUGGUUAAUCCAAAUAUUGAUGAACAAUCAAUGAUGACAUAUUUAUCACAGUAUCCAAAUGCCAAAUUGAAACCAAAUGCACCUCUACGUCCAAAAUCAAAUCCUAAUAAAGUGCGAGCAUAUGGGCCGGGUAUUGAACCAACAGGUAUCGUUGUCGGAGCACCAGCCAAAUUUACAGUUGAAACAUUUUCAGCUGGUAAAGGUCAAGUGGAGGUCGUUGUACAGAAUCCAAAAGGUCAAUUUGAGCCAGUUGAUAUUGUUUUUAAUAAUGAUCGGACAUUAACGUAUUCCGUCACAUAUUCACCAAAAAUGGAGGGUCCACAUAUCAUACACGUUAAGUUUGCUGGACAAACAAUACAAAAGAGUCCGUUUAAUGUGAAUGUUGAAGGAUUCGCUGGCGAUCCAACAAAGGUCACUGUAUCGGGUCCUGGCUGUCAAAAAGAUGGCGUUAUUGUUGGCACAGAAACAUAUUUUGAUAUAAUCGCCAAAGGUGCUGGAAAAGGGGUACCAGAAGUUGAAAUUUUAGAUCCAAAAGGUCAUCAAAAUACCGUAGCUUGUACUAUAACUCAAACGACUGCGGACACUUGGAGAUGCUUUUAUGCGACCCCAAUUGUUGGAUUACAUUCAGUGAAUGUAUUUUUCGCAGGCCAACCAAUACCUCAUAGUCCUUUUGGUGUUCGAGUUUCACCAGCUGUGGAUGUUCGUCGAGUAAAAGCAAGUGGUCGUGGCUUACAACCUGCAGGAGUUCGUGUAGGUGAUAAAGCCGAUUUUAAAAUUUAUACUGAAGGAGCAGGUGAAGGUCGACCGGAUGUUAAGGUUGUUGGCCCUGGGGGAAUUAUUGAACCAGUCAAACUUGCUAAGAUUGAUGACACAACAUAUCAAGCCGAAUAUCAACCGAAAAAAGAAGGUAAUCAUGUGGUAAUGGUGAAAUAUGCGGACCAAGAAAUUUCCAAAUCACCAUUCAACGUUGACGUGGGACCAUACAAAGAAACACGUAUCAAAGCAUACGGUCCAGGUCUCUCUGGUGGAGUUAUCAAUUAUCCAGCAGUGUUCACAGUCGAAACAAACGGAGAAACAGGAGCGUUAGGAUUUAGUAUAGAAGGUCCAUCACAAGCUCAAAUCGUUUGUGACGAUAACGGUGAUGGAUCGGCGAAUGUUAAAUAUUACCCGACUGCACCCGGAGAAUAUGCCGUACAUAUUUAUUGUGAUAGUCAAGAUAUUCCAAAAAGUCCUUAUAUUGCACACAUUUUACCAAUUACGGAUUAUUAUCCGGAUAAAGUUGAUGUGUAUGGUCCGGGAGUUGAACCAAAAUCAACGAUUACUGGGAAAACGUCUGAGUUUACUAUUGAUACGAGAAAAGCUGGUAUUGCGCCUUUGGAUGUUCAAGUUUUAGAUGCAAAUUGUAACAAUCUAAAAACAACGUUAACCGAAAAUCGCGAUGGAACAAUCCAAUGUACGUAUCAAAAAGGUGUGGAUGCCAAGCACACCGUAUCCGUAAACUAUGGUGGUGUAGCCACAAAACGUUCACCAUAUCGUGUUUUCUUGUACGACACAAACCCAUCGAAAGUUCAAGCGUUUGGGCCAGGCAUUGAAGACGGGGUCAAACCUAAUGUUCCUACUUACUUUAAUAUUGAUUGCAAUGAAUGCGGCGACGGUGAUUUAGAGGUAUUCAUUGUACACGAAGAAACAAGCAACGAAAUCCCUGUUAAGUUAACGGAUAAUCAUGAUGGCACCUACAGUGCUGAUUACGUGCCUGUCCAAGUUGGUACUUAUUUGGUGAAUAUGUUAUAUGGAGGUCAACAUGUACCAUCCACCCCUAUUAAGGUGAAGGUAUUGCCAGUUGUUGAUAUAUCAAAAGUACGCGUUGAUGGACUUGAAUCUAGUGUCUUAAUCAAUUCCCCAACUGAAUUUGUAGUGGAUUCUAGAGCGAUUGCAAAAGAAGGCGAUGAAAGUCGUGUCACUUGUAUGAUCACAAAUCCAUCGGGCAACAAAACCGAAAAAUUAAUCACUGCAGUCGGUGAUGGAACUUAUCGAAUUAGUUACACACCAUUCGAAGAAGGUCGACACACAAUCGAUAUUCUAUACGAUAACAUGCCAAUACAUGGAAGUCCAUUUGUGGUGAACGUUAAGCGAGGAUGUGAACCAAAACGUUGUCGAGCAUUCGGUCCAGGUCUUGAACGUGGAUUAGUGAACAAAGCUAACACGUUUGUGGUGGAAACAAAAGGCGCUGGAGCGGGUGGAUUAGGUUUGGCAAUUGAGGGACCUUCACAAGCAAAAAUGACAUGUAAAGAUAAUCGAAAUGGAUCAUGUUCCGUGGAAUACAUUCCAACCGAAGAGGGUGAAUACGAUUUUAGUAUAAAAUACGCGGAUCAACAUAUCCCAGGAUCACCGUUUAAGGUUAUUGUUGAGAAAGAGACUGAUUCCAGUGUAGUCAAAGCAUUCGGACCUGGUUUGAAUCCAGAAGAAUGUCAUGCAGGUGUUCCAACAAGUUUCACAAUUGAUGCUACGCAAUCGAGUCCAGCAGCACUUGGUGUGAAAAUUUACAGUGAUUUGGAAAAUUUAACAAAGAAUGUCGAUGUUGUUGAUAACGGUGAUGGAACGUAUCAAGUCAAUUAUGUUCCACCACGGGAGGGAACACCUUAUGAAGUUCAAGUCACCUGGAAUAGUCAAGAUAUCGGUGAAAGUCCAUUUAAAUUGAAAGCGUUACCAAGUAAUAAACCAGAAAAAAUUAUUGUUACCGGACCUGGAGCAACGAGCAAAGGAGUUCCUGCAUCCAUUCCUACUAAUUUCAAAAUCGAUACGAAACAAGCUGGAGGAGAUGGUGACGUUGAAGUCAUUGUUUCGGGUCCCGAUAAUUUACCAAGACCUGUUAAAUUAACGGAUAAUGGUGAUGGAACAUUUACGGCAACGUAUGUCCCAGACGAUUGCGGUAUUUACAAAGUAUACGUGAAAUAUGGUAAAGAAGACAUCUCACAAUCACCAUUUAUGCUUCAAGCUGUAGCUACUGGAAAUGCUGAUAAAUGUAAAAUUGUUGAAGAAGUACAACGAACUUUAAAUAGUGGUGAAGAAUAUUGUAUCACAGUGAAUGCUGCUGAUGCUGGAAUUGGCGCAGUUACAUGCCGAAUUCGAUCAAUUACUGGCAGUGAUUUGGAUAUCGAUAUUGUGGAUAAUGGAGAUGGAACUUUCAGCAUUUUCUACACUGUUAAAGAUGCUGGUGAUUAUUCGCUAAAUAUUAAGUUUGGUGGUCAACCAGUUCCAGGUGGUUUCCACAUUUUCACGGCUCAAGAGAAGGAUAAAGUUGAUUUGGGUCGAGUAACAACUGAAUCUGUUCAAAAACAACAAACCGUAAAUCAGUUCCUACAAGCGGAACGGAUUAGUUCUUCAAGAUCAGAAUCCAUUCAACAAACGACAACACAACAAAAACAAACCUCAACGACAUCGUCUUCUCAACAAGGUUCAACAUCUUCAAUACCAUAUCGACCUAUACAAUUAGAGAAUAUCCCUGUACCAACUACUGGUGGUUUACUUACCGCUGACGUAAAAAUGCCAACCGGACAAAUCGAUAAGCCAGUGAUUGAAGACAAUCGUGAUGGAACCGUUAGCAUCAAAUAUGAUCCCCGCGAGGAAGGCUUACACGAAUUGUAUGUUAAAUACAACGGAGAACAUGUCCAAGGUUCUCCAUUUAAAUUCCAUGUGGAUUCCAUAAGUUCAGGAUAUGUAACAGCUUACGGACCAGGUUUAACUCAUGGUGUAAGUGGUGAACCAUCAAACUUCACCAUCUCAACCAAAGGAGCUGGUGCCGGUGGUUUAUCAAUGGCCGUUGAAGGUCCAAGCAAAGCUGAAAUCAGUUGUCACGACAAUAAAGAUGGCACCGUAUCUGUGUCAUAUCUUCCAACAGCACCAGGUGAAUACCGUAUCACCGUUCGUUUUGGUGACAAACACAUCAAAGGAUCACCAUUCACCGCUAAAAUCACUGGUGAAGGUCGUAAACGUAAUCAAAUAUCUGUUGGGUCUUGUAGUGAAGUCAGUUUACCUGGCAAAAUCACUGAUAAUGAUAUUCGUUCAUUGAACGCUUCAAUUCAAGCACCAAGUGGUCUGGAAGAACCAUGUUUCUUGAAACGUUUACCAACUGGUAACAUUGGUAUCUCGUUCACACCUCGUGAAAUUGGUGAACAUGUUGUGUCGGUGAAACGCAUGGGGGCUCACAUUCCAAAUUCACCAUUCAAAAUCAAAGUGUGUGAACGCGAAGUCGGUGACGCCAAAAAAGUUAUUGUCACUGGUAGUGCACUCAAAGAAGGCAAAACACAUCAAGAUAAUACCUUCCUUGUUGACACCCGUAACGCCGGAUACGGAGGUUUAUCAUUAUCUAUCGAGGGUCCAAGCAAAGCUGAUAUCCAAUGCGCUGAUAAAGAAGAUGGUACGCUUAACAUCUCCUACAAACCAACUGAGCCUGGUUAUUACAUCGUAAACUUGAAAUUCGCUGACCAUCAUGUCGAAGGUUCACCGUUUACAGUCAAGGUAACUGGUGAAGGCUCUAAUAGACAAAGAGAAAAGAUUCAAAGACAACGUGAAGCUGUUCCCGUUACUGAGGUUGGAAGCCAAUGUAAAUUAACCUUCAAAAUGCCAGGAAUUACAUCAUUUGAUUUAACUGCCACUGUAACAUCCCCGGGCGGUGUAACUGAAGACGCUGAAAUCAAGGAAGUUGAAGAUGGUUUAUAUGCCGUUCAUUUCGUACCAAAAGAACUUGGUGUACACACCGUUUCCGUUAAAUACAAGGACAUGCAUAUUCCUGGAUCACCUUUCCAAUUCACUGUCGGUCCAUUAAGAGAUAACGGUGCUCAUUUGGUGAAAGCCGGUGGCGCUGGUCUUGAACGUGGUGAACAAGGAGAACCGAACGAAUUUAACAUUUGGACACGUGAAGCUGGUUGUGGAGCUUUAGCUAUUUCCGUUGAAGGUCCCAGCAAAGCUGACAUCAAGUUCUCUGAUCGUAGAGAUGGUUCUUGUGACGUUUCAUACGUGGUCUCUGAACCUGGAGAAUAUCGUGUAGGAAUCAAAUUCAACGAUGAACAUAUCCCAGAUUCACCAUUCAAAGUGUACAUUUCACCAGCUCUUGGAGAUGCUCAUCUCUUAGAAAUUGCACAAUUCCCUGAAGGUUAUAUUCAAGCAGAUAAACCAUCUCAAUUUAUUGUGCGAGCAAACGGCGCUAAAGGUGAUCUUGAUGGAAAGAUCGUUGCUCCAUCUGGUAACGAAGAUGAUUGUUUCAUUCAAAAAAUUGAUGCAGACCAAUAUUCAAUUCGUUUCAUGCCACGUGAAAAUGGUAUCCAUAAAAUCCAUGUUAAAUUCAAUGGAGUUCACAUCCCAGGAUCUCCAUUUGGUAUUAAGGUUGGUAAGGAUUCAGCAGAUCCAGCUGCAGUCCAUACUCAUGGACCUGGUCUUAAAGACAUCAAAACCGGAGUCAAAACUGAUUUCAUCAUUGACACCUGCAAUGCCGGUGCAGGUACUUUAGCAGUAACAGUUGAUGGACCAUCAAGAGUAGCCAUGGAUUGUACAGAAGUAGAAGAAGGUUACAAAGUACGUUAUACACCUUUGGUACCGGGUGAUUAUUACAUUAGCAUCAAAUAUAACAACAAUCACAUUGUGGGAUCACCAAUUAAAGUCAAUUGUACAGGUGAAAAUCUAGCAGAAUCCGGUUCACAAGAAACAUCUUCGGUUGUUGUAGAAACCGUUCAAAAAGUAUCCAAAUCUGGAGUAAAAGCUGGUCCAGUUUUGCCUCACUUUAAAUCUGAUGCUAGCAAAGUAUCAUCGAAAGGACUUGGCUUGAAGAAAGCAUAUCUUGGAAAACAAAAUCAAUUCACGGUAUCAGCGGGCGAUGCUGGUACAAACAUUCUUUUUGUGGGUAUUCAUGGACCAAAAGGACCAUGCGAUGAAGUAUUUGUGAAGCACACGGGCCGAAACCAAUUUAAUGUUAGUUACCUGGUACGAGAACGAGGCGAAUAUAUUUUAAUUGUAAAAUGGGGUGAUGAACAUAUCCCAGGUUCUCCCUACAAGGUCGACGUUUAAACUUCUUUAAUUUUAAGAUUUAAUCAAUACCGCACUGACCAUUUUACACACAACACACACACACAAAUACACAUAAAAAUUUUAUUUGUUUGCGCCCUCCAUUAUUCGCAAUUUUUAUUAUUUUUUGAAAAAUAAAAAAACCAAGCCCACAAUUUAUUAUUAUUUUUUAACCAUUUGUUUUGAAUAAAAUUCUAUUUUGUUUAUUUUUUAAAUAUAUUUAAUGUUAUUAGUGGUUUAAGAACUCUUACGUCACAGUUCAUUGUAAAUCUUCAUUUUUCUAGGACUCUAGGAUUCACAUUCUACAAAAUUUUCUAGGCCUUCUGAAAAAAAACCGCCUAAUUUUGAACACAAUCUCAAUAUGUCACAUGAACAUCCUGUCAAAAUGAUUAUUUACAAGUUAAUGUGAUUUUAUUCCGGCUUACAAUUGAUGUAACACAAUGUCGCGCGACAUUACAUCAAUUAUAGGCCGUUAUUUAAAAAUAAUAAAAAAAAAUUUAAAAAAACAGAAUACAUUAUUUUUGCAUGAAGAAAUUGAUAUAAAAAAAAUAAUUUUUUUCUUUGCCUAAUUUAAAAAUUGUUUAAUUUGUAUCAAAUGAAAGGAAGCGUUUUAUGAGAUACAAUUGUAAACGAUGCUUUAUUCAAGAAAAUAUUUUUUUUUUUUGUGAUAUUAAAAUGUGCCAAUUCAGCUUAAUUUUUUUUGUUGCCAUAAUUAUUUAGACUUUAUGUCUCACUUAUAAAAAUUUUUUAAUUGCACUUUUAUGCUCAAUUUCUUGCCCCUCUUUAUACCCCCCCCCUCCCCCGUCGAUUGUUUUUUUUUU